GGACGAGCGUCGUGCCUCACCGUAUGAAUCAUGGGCACUCCCCGUCUGUCGUCGUCGUCGUCGUCGCUGUACACGGCCAAGGCGACAUGUCUGUGUCUGCUGUUAAUUCUGCUGCCCCUCGCAGUGUCUGCUCAGCCCGCGACGCUGCCUUUCAACGACUGCUUCAACGGUAACGUCUCCCAAAAGAUGUCCGUCGACACCGUCUACUCCCAAAUCGUGGAUGGCCAGCGUCUCAACUUGACCGUGCUCGGACAGACAGCCCAGGAAAUCAUCGGAGACGCGAACACCACCAACCUCGCGACCCUCUUCACACAGGCGACGACGCUGACCAUCAAUACCUUUAGCAACAAUUCUUAUCUCUGCGAUUUCAUUCGCCAACCCUCGUCGCUCGCUAAUUCUAGUUCCAACUCCACAGACUGUCCAAUACCACAGGGCCCCUUCGCUCUCGCCGUUUCCAUACCCUUCAAUCCAAAGAAUGCUCUCACCACUCUCAACACUGAACUUCGCGCUCUCGAUCCUUUCGAAAACGAAAUACUCUGUCUCACAGUUGCAACCACUGCACUUCAACCAGGCCCAUUCGACUCUCCUUACGGCGACGCUCAUAGCAUAUUUUGGGCGACCGUCGGUCUCGCAGCUGCAUACUGGAUCAUCGUAUGCGUUGCCCGUCUAGUCUCUGCGUGGAAACGCGGAACGAGUCGCCCGGGCUCGGGCAUCUGGGCCCGCGUGGAGAGUGCGGGAUUGAUUCUUGUCAGCGCCAUCAGCGGCGAACGUCUUGCUACUUCGCCUUCGUUGCUGAGAUUUUGUUCCCCGUCUUUGCGCGAUAUUAUGAUUCAUACGCAGUGGUGUGCCGCACUGGCUAUGGUUGCCGUACAAUGGCCGCCCUUUGUCUAUCCCCUGCUUUCCCAAACUGCGUGGGCAACUCUGACUUACAAUACCUCGCUCUCCGAUGCAGCACAAUGGAAUCCUUUGCAGACUCAACCGUACAAUCCUCCAUCCGAUUUUGCAGAUCAACUUAGCGAUUCCAAUUCGCCUCUUUAUGUCAACCCAUCGAUUUCUAACACGUUAUUUUUACUUCCGAACGGAACUCAUAAUGGCAUGGAAGCGUUUGCAUGGAGUGUCGGCAUUGGCCCCCGCGAAUUAUUCCGCACUUGUCUCAUCUUAUUCCUCGCCAUCCUGGCUGGCACAAUCAUACUCAGCGUUUUGGUCUGGUCCAUUGACUGGGUAUUCUCCCGCAAGCCCAUUUCCACCCUCCCAACCGGUGCCACCUUUUCUAGCUCAGCGACCAAGAGUCGGAGUCCACGGCAGUCAGGCGGGACGUCAGGAAGCAAGGACAUGCUGGACGUCACCGGAGAUGAAAGCCGUUCAUUGAAUGCUUACGGCCACUCAUAUCCCCUCUUUCGGCGGCGCUGGUGGCUCCGCUCUGAUCUCAGCUCAUUUCAUACAAGUCUCCUAGAAGGAAACCUCGUUCGAGUGCUUUCACUCUUCCAUCUCCCUGUCACGAUAUUCUCCGCAUACCAGUUCGUGACUGUAAAAACUAGUGCCGCUAUCGCGCUGGCCGCAUUGUCUUUCGCAUUUUUCUCUGUUCUUCUUCCUGGGUUUUUGGUGCUUCGCCUUGCUAGAACCUCAACGACAAAGCUGUAUGAUGAGACUCGCACGCUCCUCGCUCUCGGACCUUUGUACAAUCAUUUUCGUCCAGACUCGCAAAUGUUUUCGGGCUUACUUUUCCUUUCGAACUUAGUUAAUGGUCUGGCCAUUGGAUGCGGUCAGCGAAGCGGGACCGCACAGGCGAUCGUGAUUCUCGUAUCCGAGGUCGCUAGUGCCCUCAUCACAAGUGUCUGGUUGCCAUGGGGAACGGGAGCGAGCAUGGGAUUAUUGAGCUUCUUGUUUUGUGUCGCCAGGAUAGUGACUGCAGUAUUACUCGUCAUCCUAACCCCGACGAUAUCCAUCGGAGCCGCUGCAAGUGGAUGGGUAGCCUACGGCAUCCUCGUAGUGCUACUCCUCGUCUACACUGCAUUUACGAUCAUCCUCAUCGUCAAGCUUAUCGAAGCAACCGUACGCAUCUUUGGACGCGUCGGUUUCGACAGGUCAGGCCACGCCAUAGACAGCGGGCUUGUCGGCGUGCUCGGAUUGCUCGGCUGCUGUGGAGGAGGCAGCAACCGGCGCGGACGAGACCGUCGCCAAUACCGUGCAACAGAAGUCCGGCAUUCCGGUGGUUCCUAUUCUGUUGCUGUUGGGGACUCGACGAGCUUGUAUGCGCCUCCGAACGCGUCCUUUGCGCGGCAGGCCAAGAGCUCUGCUGCCUCGCACAAUUCCGACGGUCCCCCACCGUCAGUUCUUCGCCCUGAACAUGCGCUGCAGCCGUACAGGGAGGACAGCGAUGAUGAUGACGAGAGCACGCACAUCAUGGCCGCAUGGCAGCCCUUCCCGAGCCCGGAAAGCAGGCUCUCGUAUGAGCGCAAGGAAUCGACGCAGUCCUCCGCACCGCAGCCCUCUACCUCCGGAUUCUCACGCGUCGGCGGAGGCAGAGCACACUACAACUCACCCUACGCAAUUGCAGGGACCAGCAAGGGCGCCGGCGGGUCGACGCUCACGUUCCCCAGCGUGGAGAAGCGGGGUUCGGCGUUGGGUCCGAGUGGGGGUAGCUCGCCAAGAGUGGCGACGGUUACCCAGGACGUGGAGGGUGAAGCGGCCGCGCCGAUGACGUCGGUCGCUAGUGUGGCAAAGCUACCUGUGCUGUCGAAUUCGGGGCUUCCUGUAGGUGCCAUGAUGCCGCAUAUGAGGACGAAAAGCCAGACGGCGAUUAUCAUCGAGGAGUUGGCUGGGAUGGCAAACACGUCGUCGGCUGCGCAGGAGUCCCUCCCGAUCUUUGAGCUUGAAGAACAAGAACGAUCCGCUCCGCCCAAUAGUUUGUCAAAUGCAAGUGCUGGAGGGAGUUCGGAAGGAGGGGAACAACGUCAACAGCAACAGCAACAUACACAGCCUCCGAGGAAGAAGGGCUGGUUCAAUAUCCGACGAAAUCGGAGGCACAGUGACGGGCAAAUCCUCGAAGAUGCCACGGCAGAAGCAGAAGAAGACAGUAAUGCUUCUUUUGCGAAGCAGCCCGAGACUGGCAGAUCCUUUGUCGUGAUAAGGGACAAGAAGCCUUUAUCGGCUCAACCACAUCCUAAUCCUUUAGGCCGCAAACCAAGUCAUUCCCUAGACGAGUCUAGCGCCAAACCCCCGACGUCUUUUGCUGUCGUACGAGGUUCCACGUCGACUGAUACGCAGCGUAGUCAAUGAGAUGAGAUGACACCGUGGCGGGAGGUCGCGGGACAGUACCCCUCAUAGUUGUUCUAUUACCUGCUAACAUAUGAUAUCCUUGUUGCAUCUUACUCUCACCUGGACACUUUACACAACCCGCCUACAUUCCCACAUAUGUAAUACCUACUCUCCUUACUUUUUUGUCAUUGGGCUUCUCUCUGUCUGUGUCAGUACAGUAAUACAGGUUUCCAGAGCAUUGAGUAUCGACUUGUGCAUGAUAUAUGAUUAGAGCAGAGAAGAAAAAAUGAAAAAC